AGGAAAAGCACGCUGUAGUAGUGUAUUUUUCAUCUGAAGCCGAAAAACCCCUAAUUUCAUUCCAAAACCCUCGUCUUCUUCUUUCUCUCUCUCUUCUCUGCUUCUGCAACAAUGGCGGAACUAAAACUAUCAGAAAGUAGAGACCUUACUCGAAUCGAACGUAUAGGAGCACACUCUCACAUUCGAGGGCUUGGUUUAGAUUCUGCCCUAGAACCUCGAGAUGUAUCAGAAGGCAUGGUUGGUCAAGCUCCAGCCCGUAAAGCAGCAGGAGUCAUUCUUCAGAUGAUUAAAGAAGGUAAAAUCGCUGGUAGAGCUGUUCUUUUAGCUGGUCAACCAGGAACAGGUAAAACUGCAAUCGCUAUGGGUAUGGCUAAAUCUUUAGGUCAAGAAACCCCUUUUGCUAUGAUGGCUGGUAGUGAACUUUUCUCAUUGGAAAUGUCAAAGACUGAAGCCCUAAUGCAAGCUUUUCGUAAGUCUAUUGGUGUUAGAAUUAAGGAAGAAACUGAAGUAAUUGAAGCUGAAGUUGUUGAAGUUCAGAUUGAUAGACCUGCUGUUGCUGGUGCUGCAUCAAAAACUGGGAAGAUGACUUUAAAAACUACUGAUAUGGAAACAGUUUAUGAUUUGGGUGCAAAGAUGAUUGAAGCUCUUGGGAAGCAGAAAGCUCAGAGUGGUGAUGUUAUUGCUAUUGAUAAGAGUUCUGGAAAGAUUACUAAACUUGGGAGAUCUUUUGCUAGGUCUAGAGAUUAUGAUGCUAUGGGUCCUCAAACUAAGUUUGUUCAGUGUCCAGAAGGGGAGUUGCAGAAGAGAAAAGAAGUUGUUCAUUGUGUUACUCUUCAUGAAAUCGAUGUUAUCAACAGCAGGACACAGGGAUUCUUAGCUCUCUUCACUGGUGAUACAGGUGAAAUCCGUGCAGAAGUGAGAGAACAGAUUGACACAAAAGUGGCAGAGUGGAGAGAGGAAGGGAAGGCGGAGAUUGUGCCUGGUGUCUUGUUUAUUGAUGAGGUUCACAUGCUUGACAUUGAAUGUUUCUCUUUUCUGAAUCGUGCUUUAGAAAAUGAUAUGGCACCUAUUUUAGUGGUUGCCACCAAUAGAGGAAUCACAAAUAUCCGAGGUACAAACUACAAAUCCCCACACGGGAUCCCGAUCGACCUCCUUGACCGUUUGCUUAUCAUCUCAACACAACCCUACAGUGAGGAUGAGAUCCGUAAGAUCCUCGACAUUAGGUCCCUAGAGGAAGAUGUUGAAAUGUCUGAUGAUGCAAAGGUUUUGCUCACAAAAAUUGGGGUAGAAGCAUCUUUAAGGUAUGCGAUCCACCUCAUAACAGCUGCGUCAUUGGCUUGCCAGAAGAGGAAGGGAAAGGUUGUCGAGAUGGAGGAUAUCAGCAGAGUAUACCGGUUGUUUCUGGAUGUGAAGAGAUCAACACAAUACUUGAUGGAAUAUCAGAACCAGUAUAUGUUCAACGAGGUUCCAACAAGAGAGGGAGGUGAUGAAGAUGAUGCUACUGCUAUGCAUUCCUGAAUGUUCUUUGAGUUCAUAUUAAGAGAAAGAAAAAGUGCUCGUCACCUUUUCAUGCACGUAAGCCCCUCAUUAUACUUUGUUCUUAGCCAAGACUGUUAGGCAUAAUGAUUUUUCGUUAAUGGUGAUAGCAUAGAUGUAAGUGCAUAUGGUGUAUCUUCUUUAGUUCUCUUUUAUAUUUUAUGAACAUCGGGGUUGUUAUUUACUAGUUCUAUGCCUUCCUGUGUAGUUGUAGACAUAGACACCAUGGUAUGGAACACAACCUCACGAACAUCAUCCUCUAGGAAAAAUAGAAAAUCAAUUGUGAUUUCUCAUGAUUGUUUUAUUGAUGUUUAUCUUUGAGGCUGCGAUGUGUCUGGUCUAAAUUUAAUCUUUGUACCGGUUGUCUUUGUGAAGAAUGUGUAGCCUUCUUUUUCUCU